CACUCACCGCAUUCACGACUUCCAGCACCUUCAAUUCGAUGACAACCUCCUCCUUAUCUUCUUGAAUGCUCUCCUGGACUGUCUUCUUCCAACAGUCUUCAAUGCUGCAAUUGCUGCGUCGCUGUUAUCGCUUCUCUUCUUUUCUACUCCAAUCGGGUCAGCGUCAUAUGGAACCCAGACUUCAAACCAGUCCAGCAAUGGCCGCCACUUAAAUUUGGACGAAAAGAAUUAUUUGGAAAAGAGUGAACUCUAAUCCUUCCUUGUUUUUAUAUGUUUUAUUCUCUCAUUUUAUGUGGCGUAAGCUUUUUGUUAUCUAUAUACAAUUAAUCAGGUAGAAUGCGUGAUGGGCAUUUAUAGCAGACUAUCUUAUUAGCAUCCUUCUAGUUUCAUCUAUCUUCAUUCCCUUUUUAUUAUUCUUUUUCUUAAAAUUGAGUCGAUUUUAGAGUUUUAUUUGCUCUUCUCUGUAAUUUGUUCUCCCUCUUAUUUUUCACGCUUUUGUGUUCGGUUAUGAGAGCCUCAAACGUCUUACUCGAUGGAUGAGAUGAUUGGGAGUGCGAUCAUGGGAUCCGUCUGUCUGCAUAUAAAAGGAACGAUUAUGGUAAUGUUCUAGUAUGACUGUUGAGGAAACCAAUUGCCACUGGUAGAAUUAGGUCAACUUGGCUCCUACAUGGCUGAUCUCUCAGCUUCGGCGCCCCUUCUAAGGGAAAGAAAAUUGGAGUUCGGGUACUCCAAGAACAGGGCUAUUCUCCAAACUCUGGCAAAAUUUGUGAUUAAAUCCUUGAUGUGGGUGAUCUUCGUUGUCUGGGUUGCUGCAAUAUUUUUCUUCCCGACAGAGUUUGUGCAAAAAUUAUAUUCAAAAUGGAUUAAAUCUACUCGAGGAUCUUUUUUCGGGGUCACAGGAAGUAUAUUCCUUGGAUUCAGUGCUCCGAUUCUCGUCAUUGCAAUCCUGGCAUUUAUAUAUGUAGCUGCCUUCUCUGGAGAGAAAAUUGAGAGGAACAAUUAUAAGUUUCCACGGUAUCGUUUGUGGACAUUUCCUGUUCUUGUGGAUGGACCCUUUGGUGUUGUCUCUGCUGCAGAGCUGAUUGGAAUAGUUCUAUUUGCUGCAUAUGUUUUUUGGUCUCUUGCUGCAUAUAUAGUCCAAAGCCAGGGAAUGAUUGAGGGAUCUUCAAUAACAUUGAAAGAAAAAAGCGAGUUGAUGCUAGAGAUCAUGGGGCUUCGUUUGGGCUUAAUUGGAUUGUUUUGCCUAGCAUUUCUAUUUCUUCCUGUUUCAAGAGGGUCGAUUCUUCUCCGAAUGACAGAUAUUCCAUUUGAGCAAGCUACUAGAUAUCAUGUCUGGCUGGGACAUCUAACCAUGGCUAUUUUCACAUUGCAUGGGCUGUUUCUUAUGAUAGCGUGGGCAAUGCAGGGACGACUGCUCGAACAAAUUCUAAACUGGAGAGACAUUGGUAUUGCCAAUCUUCCAGGGGUUAUUAGCCUAUCUGCUGGCUUGUUGAUGUGGGUGACAUCUCUUCAUCCUGUAAGGCGGGCUUACUUCGAAGUUUUCUUCUACACUCAUCAGCUGUACGUGAUCUUUGUCGUCUUCUUAGCUCUACAUGUUGGAGAUUUCAUAUUCAGUUUCGCAGCUGGGGCAAUUUUCCUUUUUAUUCUCGAUCGCUUCCUGAGGUUCUGCCAAUCACGUACAACCGUUGAUGUAGUUUCAGCUGCUUGCCGGCCAUGCGGGACUUUAGAGUUGGUCCUCUCCAAGCCACCGAGACUCCAUUAUAAUGCUCUGAGUUUCGUCUUCCUUCAAGUUCGAGAAUUGUCAUGGCUGCAAUGGCACCCCUUCAGUGUUUCCUCGAGUCCUUUGGACGGCAAACACCAUUUGUCAAUUCUUAUAAAAGUACUCGGCGAAUGGACUUGUAAGUUGAGGGACAUCAUCACUACAGUCUCAGAGCACCCUCAAAAUAAUUUAGAGUCUCAAGUUAAGCUGAUAACAGCCUCUGUUGAAGGGCCAUAUGGGCAUGAAGUACCAUAUCACUUGAUGUAUGAAAAUCUUCUUCUCAUUGCUGGAGGCAUUGGAAUUUCACCUUUUUUCGCUAUCUUGAGUGAUAUUCUGCAUCUGUCUAACGAGGGAAAACCCUACUUGCCGAAGAACAUUUUGGUUAUUUGGGCUGUCAAAAAAACUGCGGAGCUCUCACUUCUUUCAACAAUUGAUGUACAAUCCAUUUGUCCAUCUUUCUCUGAAAGGUUGCAUCUUGAAAUACAAACUUACGUGACUCAAGAAUCAGAACCUCCAUUGGAAGAUGGUAGAUUCAACGAGAAAGCGGGUUAUCCUCGCCCCUUGAUAAUGUCGAGCAUUUCAAUGUCUUGUUUGGUUGGUACUGGACAUAAAAUAUGGGCAGGAAUUUAUGUUUUCGUAUCUACGAUUGGCUUCAUCAUUUUCUAUGGUUUACUCGAAUUAUAUUACAUAAAACCUCAUCAAGUUUUUUCAUGGUGGUAUAAAGGCCUUAUGUUCACUCUAUGCAUGGUUGCUAGUGUAGUAACACUCGGAGCUAUAGUUAUUUUCUUCUGGAAUAAGUGGGAGCAGAAGAGCUCAAGCAAUGAGAGCGGCAUGGGGAGGGAUGAGGAAAAGGAGAGCUUGUUGAAUCAUAAUGUUUUUGUUACUGAUGAUGAGAAAGAAAAUCUUACAAGCGUGCAAACAAUUACAUAUGGCUCCAGACCAAACUUUCGAGAAAUAUUCAGCUCACAUGCAGAACAAGUGGGACACGUUAAUGUUGGCGUUAUUGUCUGCGGACCACCUGGUCUUCAGACCAGCGUUGCCAAAGAGUGCAGGUUUCAGAACAUAAGGGGCAAAUGGAACCAUCCUAUCUUCCACUUCAACAGCCACAGCUUUGAUCUCUAAGACUCCCACAACCAUAGUUAAUAUUUGAGCAGGUUUAUAAUGUUGCCUUGUAAUUAGUUCUGGAAAAUUAAUAUUUAUUUAUGUAACACUCUAAUGUCCCAAAUCACAUCAAUUGGUAUAUAUGUAAAAUGUAUAUUUCACUUGAAAUAAGUUAAAUGUUAGCUGUA